AUUAAACCUUCGGAGCCUCAGUCGCAACUCCACACCUACUUUUCAUCGUUUCGCUUCGCUCGCUUUCCUAUGGUUCUCGUUUCGAAUUCUCUGCCUUGUAAGACUCUCCCUUGCCGGACUCUGUUUCCGCCGUGCGCAACAUCUUCCCGCCCCCGCCAAUGGUUGCCUUCUUCACUCUCCAAUGCAAGUAACCGAGUCAGAGAGCUUCGCUGCGAGUUCGAAGUGAACGUUAAUGGCGCUCUUUCCGGCGACUUCGACCCUCGUUCCGUCGAUAGGAAAAAAGCGUUGGAGGCAGCAAUGAAUGACAUAAAUGGCUCAUUUGGGAAAGGAAGUGUUACCAGACUAGGAAGUGCUGGCGGAGCAUUAGUGGAAACUUUCCCGAGUGGCUGUUUGACUUUAGACUGUGCCUUAGGUGGUGGCCUUCCUAAAGGCAGAAUUGUCGAGAUAUUUGGACCAGAAAGUAGUGGAAAGACCACUCUAGCAUUGCAUGCAAUUGCAGAAGUACAGAAACUAGGAGGAAAUGCGAUGCUUGUAGAUGCAGAGCAUGCCUUUGAUCCAGCAUAUUCUAAAGCCGUAGGAGUAGAUGUAGAAAAUUUGAUUGUCUGCCAACCUGAUCAUGGAGAGAUGGCUCUUGAGAUUGCUGAUCGCAUGUGUAGAUCCGGUGCUGUAGAUCUCAUUUGUGUUGAUUCUGUUUCUGCUCUUACACCAAGAGCUGAAAUUGAAGGCGAGAUUGGUAUGCAGCAAAUGGGUCUGCAGGCACGCCUCAUGAGUCAAGCUUUACGCAAAAUGUCUGGAAAUGCGUCAAAAGCUGGUUGCACUCUCAUAUUUCUGAAUCAAAUACGAUAUAAGAUUGGUGUGUAUUAUGGGAAUCCAGAAGUGACAAGUGGAGGAAUUGCACUAAAGUUCUUUGCCUCACUUCGACUUGAAAUACGUCCUAUUGGGAAGCUAAAGUCUGCUAAAGGAGAUGAAGAAAUUGGGAUUCGAGUUCGUGUUAGAGUCCAAAAGAGCAAGGUGUCGAGGCCAUACAAGCAAGCUGAGUUUGAAAUUAUCUUUGGAGAGGGAGUAAGUAAACUGGGUUGCAUUUUAGAUUGUGCUGAAAUUAUGGAAAUUGUAGUGAAAAAGGGCUCGUGGUACAGUUACGGGGACCAGAGGUUGGGACAGGGAAGAGACAGAGCUCUGCAGUACUUAAAGGAUACUCCUGCUCUUCAAGAUGAAAUCGAGAAGGUUUGUUUUUGCGAUUGGACAGACAUACUAUCCGAACUCAUAGUUGAUGCAACAAUUUUUACUUUGUCAAGUGUGAUCUUUUUUCUUUUUUGUUGCAUUUACUAUGGUAAUAAGAUUCUUUUGACCGGAAAAAAAAUUAUUUGGCAAUAUGGUCUAAAAUCAUGAGUAAACCCAAUCAACUUAUCUAUCACGAAAACCUUUGAAUUUUCUAUGAAUGGCAGACUCUGCAGACCAUGCUGACUAGUGGAACUGUUCAAAUGGGAUUUCAAUCUAUUAGAAAGCCAUUGCCGAAUCAAGAAGUACUCGAGGAGUUUGAAUAAUGAACAAUAAAUGCUCUGGUAUGGUUUAGCAAUAACAACAGAGAUUCCAAGCAUAAGCAGCAUUUUCCUUCUAUGGAAGGGGGUGGGUUCAUAAGCCUAAGCCUCACAUAGGUCCGUUUUUCGUGCUACAUCCGCCUUAGGCGGGCUGUUAGAAGCCAACAAGUGCGCCUUCUUUGUUAGUUAGGCGCAAGCUACAUUUGAUAAAGACAGUAAGAACUGGCUUUGCUUCCAAUCUCUGACGACGGCAUUUUGAUCAUCCUCAAACAUUAUCGAAGUCCCUUCGAUCUCGCUUAGAGGUUGGUAUAAUUUGAAACCAAAAUUUGAGAAGUUGAUACGAAGUUACAUGUGUAAUUUUUACUGCAACUUAUCAGGUAUCAUAUUUACAUUUGUACUUAUUAUAUAACAUAUGAAAUGAUUGCUUCCCAGGUACAUUUUAUUAUAGGAGGAAUUUCGAGCA